AUGUCUGCCACACAACGAGAAAAGAGUCUUUCACAAAGCCCAGAACCUUCGCCAAACAGGAGCAGCAACUGCUCUUCGCCACCAAAGAAGAGCAAGUCUAGCUCAAAACACGCAGAGUGGUCCGAAGUCACAGACCCCGAGGAGAGAAGGCGAAUACAGAAUCGGAUUGCGCAACGCAAGUUUCGGGGGAAAGUGAAAGAGCAAAAAGAGAGAGCGGAGCGCGAGGCAAAAGACAAGGAGCACGCCGGCAACAGCUACCGCAUCCCCGAGCCAGAUGACAUCGACGCAGAGCCAGAGCUGUCAGGCUUGCCCUGGGGCAGCGUCAACCUGAGCCACAUGGUGGCCCGAGGACACGAGGCGGAGAGUCGGAAGAGCAGUGGUCGGGGAACAUACCUCGAGGACAGCUUUGCCUCACAGAACUAUUCGCCGUCUUUCAGCCCUGGUGUGCGUCAGACGGCAAGCUAUGGCAGCAGCGGAGUGAACGACUCGUAUGGGGACGAGAAUCAGUACGUUUAUGAUGCAUCCGAUUUUGGCCAAGCCUAUCCCAUGCUUUCAUAA